AUGGACCUAAACAGGUGCGAGCGUCUGUGGCUACUACUACUACUAUUGGUUAGCAUCACCUGUGGAGUAUGUGUCGGCCAAGCCCCACUACGGCCACAGGAAGCAAUAGAAAAAUCUGAUGCGUUGAAUUAUCUUUUAAAAACGACAAAAUAUGAAAAAGCCUUCCCUCCUGAAUUUAAUUACGAUAAACCAACAGAGAUCACAUGUCAAAUUAUGAUUGAUAGUAUAGACUCAAUUAAUGAAGCUACAAUGGAUUUCACACUGAGCAUGUUUCUUUAUCAGCGAUGGACAGAACAUCGUCUGAUUUUACAAACAAUCGUUAAUGUCACCUACCUUGAAUUGGAUGCAAAUGCCAUCGGAAAGAUCUGGGUUCCAGACUUGUACUUUCCUAAUGAGAAGCGAUCCAAUUUCCACGACGUCACUAUGCCAAACAGGAUGCUGCGAAUAUAUGAAACAGGAGAAAUCCUUUUCACCCUUCGGAUAACCCUAACAUUAACUUGCAAGAUGGAUUUGAGAAAUUUUCCAUUUGACAAGCAAGUGUGUUACAUACAAAUAGCCAGUUUUAGUUACACAAACUCAACAUUGCUGCUCAAGUGGUUCAAGGAGAAAAGUGUCCAGAUUAGUAGCAAUGUGGCAGAUACACAAUUCCUCAUGGAAAGGGUUACACAGUCUGAAUGCGAAAACUUUGUAAGACAAGAAGGCAAUCACAGUUGCCUCCAGGCCAAUUUUCAUCUGACGCGGAGUAUUGGUUACUAUGUCGUCCAGAUGUACAUCCCCACCAUUCUGAUCGUGGUACUUUCAUGGUUGUCCUUUUGGUUAAACGUCGGAUCAGUGCCGGGACGUAUUUCCCUCGGUGUUCUCACCGUACUCACUAUGACCACACAAAUUUCAUCAGUCAAUGCUUCGCUGCCCCGGGUAUCCUACACUAAAGCCAUCGACAUUUGGAUGGCUACUUGCCUGCUCUUUGUAUUUGCUGCGUUAAUUGAAUUCGCAAUUGCAAACGUGCUCAGCCGAAAAGAAUCCAUGAGUGUAUUUUUCUUUCAAAAUCUUCACUGCCAAGGUGAUGCCGAACAUGGCCACAGCACCAGGAAAACAGAGACAGUCAUGAAUCGCAAAGACACUCAGACGAAAGCAGAAGGUGCUGAAGUGGAUAACAAUGCUUUCCCGCGUUCCGGUUUUUGGUACGCCGCGAUUCUGGACAGUUCUUCACGCAUUGUCUUUCCUUUAAUGUUUUCUUUAUUUAAUCUGAUCUAUUGGCCUUCCUAUUUGAGUGGCCAAACAACUUAA